AUGCCUUUGACCCGUCGUACCCGAGGCGCGAUGAAUGAGAACGACGAGAACGUUCCCGCUGCGCGCAUGACGCGGGCUAAGGCCGCGCUCGGCGCAGAUGGUGCUGUCGACGGGGCCAAGAAGCCCAUGCCCGUCAAGCGCGCCACUGUCAGCAGCCGAACUCAACGUGCUGCUCUGGGCGAUGUUAGCAAUGUCAAGGUCGACGCCGCCGACAUUAAGGACAGCAAGAAGGGUGCCGGUGGCAAGGUCACUGCUCUGACCGAUGUAAGCAACGUGAAGGUCGACGCCGCCGACAUCAAGGACGCCAAGAAGGGUGCCACUAGCAAGAUCACUUCGAAGACCACCCAGGGCGGUGCUAUCCAGAAGAUCGGUCGGAACAGUUCUACACGCACGAACCCCAAUCCUCGCCGACCCCCCGUCACGAAGAAGCCCACCCCUCCCGAGGCGAAGCGUCCAGGAAGUGGCUUAGGUGGUGGUGUGAGCAGCAAGCGUCCUUCCAACAAGCCAGAGUCGAUCGAAGCCGAAGAGCCCCCUCACAAGAAGAUCCAGACCCACAAGGAACAGAAGGAGCGUACUCUGCCACAGGAGGUCAUUAACGAUGCUGUUGAGACGAAUGACAAGGUCAUGGACCUGGACACUGAGGACUUGGACGAUCCCCUGAUGGCGGCCGAAUAUGUUGUCGAGAUCUUUGACUAUCUGAAGGACCUGGAAGUCGCCACACUGCCCAACCCCGAGUACAUCGACCACCAGCCGGACUUGGAGUGGAAGAUGCGUGGCAUUCUGGUCGACUGGCUGAUUGAGGUCCACACCCGUUUCCGUCUUCUUCCCGAGACUCUCUUCCUGGCUGUCAACAUUAUCGACCGCUUCCUGUCCGCCGAGGUUGUCGCACUGGAUCGUCUGCAGCUUGUUGGAGUCACCGCGAUGUUCAUUGCCUCCAAGUACGAGGAAGUGCUCUCUCCCCACGUUGCCAACUUCAGCCAUGUCGCCGACGAAACCUUCUCGGACAAGGAAAUCCUCGACGCUGAGCGCCACGUCCUCGCUACUCUCGAGUACAACAUGAGCUUCCCUAAUCCGAUGAACUUUUUGCGUCGUAUCUCCAAGGCCGACAACUACGACAUCCAGACUCGCACCUUGGGCAAGUAUCUCAUGGAGAUCAGCCUUCUCGACCACCGCUUCAUGGGCUUCCCUCAGAGCCAAAUUGCCGCUGCCUCUAUGUAUCUUGCCCGUCUCAUUCUUGAGCGCGGACCUUGGGAUGCCACUCUUGCCCACUAUGCCGGAUACACUGAAGCUGAGAUCGACCCUGUCUUCCGACUCAUGAUUGAUUACCUUCACCGUCCUGUCUCUCACGAGGCCUUCUUCAAGAAGUACGCCAGCAAGAAGUUCUUGAAAGCCUCGAUCUUGACUCGCCAAUGGGCCAAGAAGUACCACCACAUGUACAUCGACAGCUCUCUCUCCGAGCCGUACACUUACAUCAAGGACACCGAACAGUAA